AUUAUCAAAGUUUUGGAAUUUAUUGGCAAGAAGGAGAACCUACAACUCCCACCUGGAUUUGCAGCUCGUAUAGCAGCUCAGUCAAACCGUAGUUUGAGAAGGGCGAUAUUAUCUUUGGAAACCUGUAGAGUGCAGCAGUAUCCAUUCACAGCGAACCAAGCAGUGCUGCCCAUGGACUGGGAACAAUAUGUUUCCGAAAUAGCUUCUGAUAUUAUUAUGGAACAGAGUCCUAAGAGGUUAUUUUUGGUCCGUGGAAAAAUAUAUGAGCUACUUGUUAAUUGUAUUCCUCCUGAAAUCAUUCUGAAGAAGUUACUGUCAGAAUUACUGAAAAAGUUGGACUCUGAAUUGAAACAUGAAGUAUGUCAUUGGGCUGCAUACUAUGAGCACAGGAUGCGUCUUGGGCAGAAGGCCAUAUUCCACAUAGAAGCAUUCGUGGCUAAGUUCAUGAGCAUCUACAAGGGGUUCCUCAUUGCAACAUUUUCCUGAAUGAUCCCGAGCAGGGUAACCCACUAAAAGUUUUUGACAUUGGGAGGACUUCAUGUUUCAAUCGUCAUCAUGCAGCUGACGUUUAGCUCGAUCCCUUUAUUUAUUUUCUUUCUAAUAUGGUGGAAAAACCUGUGAAUUGUAUUAAUCUAGCGGAUCCAAACCUUGUAUCCCAAAGAUUUAAGAAGGGACCUUGUCUGCCAUAUCACGAGGGGGAGUUAUGAAAAAUAUCUAAGUUCUUUUCCAAGUGCCUGGCAGCAAAGCUAUGUAGGCCCAGGGCUGCAAAUAUGAUUAGUCUGGUUCCGACCUAGGACCAGUUCGUCCCAUCUUAGAGGCAUUGGUCAGGUUUGGGUCUGAUAUGUGAUCCAUUUGAAAUAUUGGUUUAGGCUUGCGUCAAUGUUUUCUUACCUCAAAUAAUGGAUGACUUGGUCUGGGACCUACGGGCC